UGCCUGAGAAUUGCUAGCAAAACUUUCUCCCCAGAGGACCCGCAGACGACUGGCCAUUGGAAGCAGGACAUUGCCAAUUCAGCUUCACCUCUGAUUAUACAGAAAGAAAAAAAAACUAUUAGAGAUGACUUGAUCCUCCCAUCUGUGCGCUCCCUGAAGAGUCCAUUUGCCACUGAAGAAAGAAUUCCACACCACCAGGAGCUCUACGGGGAAACCUGGGAGAAACUAUGGAGAGAUCUCAACUGAAACAGGAUGAUGUACGUGUCCGGCUUUCCCAUGAGCUCUCAGAGGGUGAGAAAGAAGCCACUGGGAACAGAAAGGCAAAAGUUCUGGAGUGCCUCAAGAGCCUUGGCAUUGCCUGUGAUGAGGAUAACAUGCCCAAUAUCGCUGUCCUAGGAUCAGGAGGCGGAGGUCUGCGGGCCAUGAUAGCCCUUCUGGGAACCUCGGUGGAGCUGAAGAAUCAGGGCCUGUUGGACGCUGUCAUGUACCUGUGUGGGGUAUCGGGUUCCACCUGGUGCAUGUCUUUCCUCUACCAAGAGAAGGACUGGACAGAGAAAGUGCAGGUCUUGGAAGAAUGCCUGUGUGAUACACUUUCCAAACCUCCAUGUCAUAUUCAAGAGGAAUUUACUAUUGCGACACAGGCGGCUGAAGAUGAAUUCUUCUCUCUGACUGAUGUCUGGGCAUCUUUCUUUGUCUAUCCCGCAUUGAAGCUGUAUGAUGAGACCAAACUAUCUGAACAUGAUGAUUCCUCCAAAAAUGGGAAAAAUCCUUACCCCAUCUAUGCGGCAAUAGAAGCAAACCAAUUGGGUAAAGCAAGUGAAAACAGCCCAGGAACCUGGUUUGAAUUCACCCCCCAUGAAUCUGGCUUUCCCGGCCUGGGGGCAUUUGUGUGCACCGAAGACUUGGGAAAGAAAAUCAAGGAUGGGAAUUCGCAAAGGAGGGAUGAGAAAAAUAUCUGCUACCUGCAAGGCUUAUGGGGAAGCGCCCUUGGAAGUAUGGAUGCAAACAGGAAAUAUUUAAUAGACCAUCUUAAGGAAAAAUUCCGAAAACUAAGAGAACAUCAGUAUGCAGUAGGUAAAGCAGGAGUUCUACAAGGAGUGUUAGCUUCUGUGCCUUUUGGUGGUACCGAUUACACUAGUGUACUUCAUCGAGGUAUCCUCCUCCUGCUCCAGGAGCUUCAUGUUCGUGCCUCAGCUGGGGAAGAUUGCAAGAGAAUCUUAAGGCAGCUGAAGGAAGUCCUGAAAGAGGAGAAUAGCAAGUAUUCCUACCUGAAGUGCUAUGAAGUGAGUGAGACCUUGGAUUUGAAGAGCUGGGAAGAGAGAAUGUUGGAGUUCGCUGAACUCAUCUGUAUUUUUGAAAAGGAACUUGGAGAAUAUGUAUGGAGUGUAUGGCAAUUGUUAUGGAAAACCGUGACCUGUAUCUGCUACUGGAUAUGGGGAUACACCAACAAUUUUCUGUACACAGAUAGUAAAGCCCAAUCUACUGGAUUGACCAACAAAGAAUUCAUCCACUUGAUCGAUGCCGGCAUUGCCAUAAAUUCCGCCUACCCCCUCGUUCUGCGCCCAGAGAGGAAAGUGAAACUGAUCCUCUCCUUCGACUUCAGCGACGGGGAUCCUUUCGAGACCAUUGAGAAAACUGCCAAGUACUGUGAGGCAAAUAACAUCCCAUUUCCCGAGAUAAACACAGAAGAGAUUAAGGACAUUGAUAACCCCUCUGACUGCUACAUCUUCAAAGGAAAAGAUGUUCCUACCAUCAUGCACUUCCCUCUCUUCAACAAUAAAAAUUGUCCAGAUAAAAUAAAGGACUUCAGAGACACGUUUACCACCUUUACUUCAUCCUACUCAGAAGACAAUGUCAAAGUACUCCUCAAAAAAGCCAAGAUGAAUGUAUCCAACAACAAGGAUAGGAUUCUGAAGGAGAUCCAGCAGAUUGUGUCCUCUCCCAAGGAGUUUUAAAACCACAUUUCUGUUUGGUUACUGAUCAUGAAGAUCAGAAAUUCUGUGCCUGGCUCUGACUUACAUUUCCCGAGAGGCUGUUCACUGUGACCACUUAGAACCUAAGUGCAGCAGGGAGGAGUUAGUUUCACUGUGUUGGGGUUUGUCUACAUUACCCACUGGAUCCAUGGGUAGCAAUUAAUCCAGUGGGGGGGUCGAUUUAUUGUGUCUAGUCUCGAAGCGAUAAAUCAACUGCCGAAUGCUUUCCUGUCGACUCCGGUACUCUACCAGGGCAAGAGGCACAGUCGGAGUCAACGACAGACUGUCAGCCAUCAACUUACCACAGUGAAGA